GUGAUUAUCAGAUAGUCCAUCCACUCCUCCACAAACGCACAGGAACACUGUGUCGCAUCCCUAUGUUUACUGUGUGUAGCAAGUACUCGUAUCCGUUGGCCUGAGAGAUCUUUCUUCUCCUUAAUCUUGAGCCUUGGAAGACGCUGAAGCGGGAGGGACCAUAUCGAGAUAUGACUCGUGGUCCCGGUCUCGAGCAUCAAGCCAUAUGUUCAUGAUGGAACGAUGAUGGUGGAGAUGCAUAUGAUCAUGUCGACGGCAUCCUUUGCAAUAGAGUUUCUGACACGUUCCCGCCGGUGUCGGGGAGGAUCAGAGGGACGUACUCGAAAUCAGGGGGCGAAAACGUUCUUCGGACAGGAGCCUCGACCAUUAAUGGUUCUAAGUCGACGCCAGGUUCGCGGGAGGGUGUAUAACGGGCAGGAGAUUGUGUGGAUCCAGCGCCGCCGCUUGUAGGAAAUGUCUUCGAACGCUUAGUACCACCUGCAGACGGAUAUAUUACUUACAGCAUUCGCUCCGGCGUGGGACGAGGCAUGGCAUUCGGGCGUACUUGAAACAAAAGAGGGACCAGGCCUUCGACCCCGAAUGUGGGGUGAUACACGGACGGCACGCGAUAUAAGAGUCUAAGGCAUCUGCGCUCGCACAAAUACACUGCCAAGAGCAUCAUACCCGCCCCCUACCAAGGCUUGUCGUCCCUGUGCAUACCAUACCCACAUACCCCUUCGUGACUCCGCAUACCCGCGUUCGUUCCACAUAUUCAGAACGCCUAACGACUCACGACCUACCGCCCGAUAUUUGAGGGCCCGAGCCUGAAGCAGUAGACCGCGUACGCAAAAGGCUGUUCUCACCAUGAGCGUGAACACGACGACCAAAGCACUCCUGCCCAUCACUCCCCUCACUUCGCUCCGCGUCACGCGCCACCAGAUACCCGUACAUGGCCUCAUCCCAAACACUUCCAUCCAGAACAAACCGUUGAUCAUCUACCACAACGUCUUCCCCGAGCCGACGCCGUCCGCGUCCCAGAUCGAGGGACACAUCAACGCUGUCGGCGUGUGUCGCCCAAUGUGGCGCUACCCGAUGUACCCCGAAGACCACUUCCACACGACCGCGCACGAGUUCCUCGUCAUCUGGAGGGGGCGCGCGCGCCUGAACUUCGGCGGAAAUGGGUGUCCGGGUGCCGUCAUCGUCGAGCUGGGGAAGGGAGAUGCGAUACUGAUUCCGGCCGGUGUGUCGCAUGCGCUGGAGGAGGAUUUGGAAGGAGGGUUCGAGAUGGUUGGAAGCUAUAUGAUCGGUUCGGAGCACUGGGACAUGUGCUAUGGGCAGACAGGCGAGGAGGAGCUCAUUGCGAACAUUAAAGAUCUGCCGUGGUUCACGCGCGACCCACUGUACGGCGAUGGAGGUCCAGCCGCGUCUGUGUAGAAGUCGGGAAGAUGUAUGAAAUGUGAUGUAGAGCUUCCAGAGACAUAACGCAAAGGACAC